GUUGUGUGUUAACUCUAGAGAAAUAAAAAACGUGAAUCUAACAAUUACAAACUAGCAACAGCGAAUAGAGUUCAAAUCAAGUGUCCAAACCAAACCUUUUCGUUUAAAACCAAAACUCACGAAUGGAGUGAUAGAGUAAUAAUCAGACAUGCGCUGUGUAGCGGUUAUUCAAAAAAAAGCAAUGAAGUGAGAAAUUCGAUUAUCGAUGAAGUGCAGAUCGGUGGCGUGCAUAUGGUCCGGCACGCCGUUUCCUCACCGCGUCACCGCCGUCGCCGCUUUGACGGAACCACCGACGCCAACCUUUUACACAGCCGGAUCGGAUGGCUCCAUCAUCUGGUGGACCAUCUCCAGUUCCGCUUCCACACCGGAAGUUAAGGCGGUGGGCGUGCUGUGCGGUCACGGCGCACCGGUUACCGAUCUCGCCGUAUGUAGGCCAAUUGCAGAUGCAGGAAACGGUUAUACUUCGAGUGCAAGUAAGUUCAGUGCGUUGAUAAGUGCGUGCUGUGAUGGUUUUCUGUGUGUGUGGAGCAAGAACAGUGGCCAUUGCCGGUGCCGGAGGAAAUUGCCGCCUUGGGUUGGCACUCCUCGUUUAAUUAGAACCUUGCCUUCGACACCGAGAUAUGUGUGUAUAGCGUGUUCUUUAGAGGGGAAUGAAGGAUUAAUUGAUAGAGAAACUCAGCCUAGGAAGCCUCCUAAAUGCACUGUUCUUAUUGUGGACUCCUAUUCGCUUUCCAUUACUCAAACUGUGUUUCAUGGAAGUCUAUCCAUUGGUCCAAUUAAGUUUAUGGCACUGGUGUUGGGUGAUGACGAGAAGAGAAACUCUGUGUUUGUGGCUGAUUCGGCUGGGAGGCAGCAGAUGGUUCCGAUAUCAGAGGAUCGAGGGGAGAGCUUGGCGGGUUCACUUGGUGAUAAAGGUCAAUUGGAGACCUCUUUUUUCGACGAGGAAUUGAGUAGUGUGGAGCAGAUUGUUUCGGUUUUAACCUAUGGGAAUGUUGUUGCUUCAAUAUUGGAAGAUCGGUGUGUCUUCAGGUUACUGAAUCAUAGUGUGAUUGGAGAAGUUUCUUUUGUGGAUAGCUUAUUCAGUUUGGAUCACGGUUCUAUUCAAACACAUGCUGUUGGUGGCAUUUUUCUUGAGAAUGAUGAUGUGGAGAAUGUGUGCAACGGCAACGAAUAUGGAAACUCGAUUACAGUACGAUUUGUUGUGUGGAAUAAUGUAGGUUAUGCAGUUAUAUAUAAUGUAUUGUAUCAGAAUGAUGUUUUCCAAUGUGAACCUCUUUCUGAGAUUCCUGGUACUCGUUAUCAACCUGAUAUGAGAUUAUCUGUUUUUUUUCAACAAGUAAGUCAAUAUCUUGUAUGCAUCAAGUCAAUUUGCUAUAAUUACGAGGACCCUUUACUAUGGAGACCACUUGCCACAAUGUGGUCAUUGCAUGAUUUUAGUGAUGAACCUGGUAGAUUGUAUCGUCAAUGCAGAAUGGUCGGUGAUGAUGUAUCUUUCACUGGCUGGUUUGAGAAAUCGACUCAGCUCAAGGGACUCGAUGUACUUGAGACUACUUCUACUUUUGGUGUGAGUCCAAGUUCUGAUAUUGUAGACAACAAACAAGCUGGUACUGGAACUAAUUGUUAUGCUUACAAAGGGAAGGUCGUUUCUUCCUCCAUGAUCAUCUCCGAGAACCUCUUUACUCCUUAUGCUGUUGUAUACGGUUUUUUAAGUGGAGAAAUAGAGGUUGUAAGGUUUGGUUUGUUUCAAGGGAUUUGCUUGGAUGAUACAAGUUCCAAUCCUGAUGAAAAGCCAACUGCUUGCAAACAGUUUUUCUCAGGACAUACAGGUGCUGUACUUUGUUUGGCAGCACAUCAAAUGAUGGGUAGUGCCAAAAGCUGGAAUUUUAAGCAGGUUUUGGUGUCUGGAAGUAUGGAUUGCACGAUUCGAAUAUGGGAUCUUGACACUGGCAGUCUUAUCAUGGUAAUGCAUCAUCAUGUGGCUCCUGUCCGUCAAAUUAUUCUUGCUCCAUCUUUGACUGUGCAUCCUUGGAGUAAUUGUUUCCUUUCAGUAGGAGAGGAUGCAUGUGUUGCUCUUAUUUCUCUAGAGACUCUGCGAGUGGAGAGAAUCUUUCCUGGACAUAUGAACUAUCCUUCUAAAGUUUUAUGGGAUGGAGCAAGAGGUUAUAUUUCCUGUCUCUGUCAAACACAUUACGGAACUUCUGAUGCUACUGAUGUAUUAUACAUUUGGGAUGUAAAGACAGGUUCACGUGAGCGAGUCCUACUUGGGACAGCUGCACAUUCAAUGUUUGAUAAUUUUUGUAAAAGCAUCAGCAAGAAUUCCGUAUCUGGCACAUUGCUGAAUGGAAACACAUCAGUCUCUUCCUUACUCCUUCCGAUAGUUGAUGAUGCAAGGUUCUCUAACUCCCCCUUAAAUCGUUCAGACAACUUGCUUACUUCAUCAAGGUCGUCACCAAAUAUUUCAAAUAUGACUGAGCUGAAUUCUUCCAAAACAAAUGCAGGUAAAGAAAUUUCAGUGAAGCCACAUUCAUCCUCUCAAAUUGGUCUUUUGAGUAGCAAGCUUCCUAUCAAAUGCGCUUGCCCUUUCCCAGGGAUAGUGUCUCUGUGUUUUGAUCUUGCAUCCUUGAUGUUCUUAUUUCAAAAGAAUGAGUCCAUUGAAAAUGGUGGUGGCAAGCCAGUCAAUAUCAAUUUGAAGCAGCAGGGAGUCCAGGAGCAAAAUCCCAGCUACCAUAAUGCAGAAACUUUAGAGGGGCAUGACUUGGUUAACCUAUUUGAAGAAUACUUACUUCGAUAUAGCUUGUCAUAUCUACAUUCUUGGAGUGUAGACAUAGAGCUUGAUAAUUUGUUGAUAAGUGACAUGAAGCUGAUGAGACCAGAAAACUUCAUCGUAGCUUCUGGUCUGCAGGGGGAUAAAGGAUCAUUGACAUUGACAUUUCCUACUCAGAGUGCUAAUCUUGAGCUCUGGAAAUCAUCAUCCGAGUUUUGUGCAAUGAGAUCGUUGACAAUGGUGUCCCUUGCCCAACGUUUGAUUAGCUUGUCUCACUCUGGUUCGGCAGCCAGCAGUUCAAACCUCAAAGAUGUCCGAUACACAGAAAACUCGACCCACCACAAAGUUCAGCACAAAGGAGAUUGUAAAAUUAAGGGGGUUGCUGGACACAAUAACAAAACCUGCAGACUCAGUGCUUUAGCAGCCUUUUAUACUCGGAAUUUCUUGGAAAAUUUUCCAGAUGUGAAGCCACCUUCAUUACAGCUCUUGGUGGCUUUUUGGCAAGAUGAAAGUGAACAUGUGCGUAUGGCUGCACGCUCUAUAUUUCACUGUGCUGCCUCUCAUGUUAUUCCUCUACCUCUAUGCAAUUUGAAACCUACUGAGUCAAACGAUAUGAGUUUCCAUACUGGAAGUCGAGACAGGCAUAACCUAGGAAACAAGCGGGAAGAGAGUAUAUCUCCUAAGGUAGAAAAACAAGGAGUUUCCCAAGAUGAGGAAUCCAAGAUACUUGCUUGGCUAGAAUCAUUUGAAGUGCAAGAUUGGAUUUCUUGUGUUGGUGGAACUAGUCAGGAUGCAAUGACAUCUCACAUUAUUGUUGCUGGUGCACUGGCUAUCUGGUAUCCUAGUCUUGUAAAGCCAAGUCUUUCCAGGCUUGUUGUUCAUCCAUUAAUGAAGUUGGCUAUGGCUAUGAACGAGAAGUAUAGCUCCACUGCUGCUGAGCUCCUUGCAGAGGGCAUGGAAAGUACAUGGAAAGAAUGCAUUGUCUCUGAGAUUCCUCGUCUGAUUGGGGAUAUUUUUUUCCAAGUAGAGUUGAGUGGCCCAUCUUCCAAGUCAGUGAAAGAAAUAUCGGAUGCAUCUUUUUCUAUUAAAAAGACAUUGGUGGAGGUUCUUCUUCCAAGUUUGGCUAUGGCUGAUAUAACAGGCUUUUUGGCUGUGAUUGAAAGCCAAAUUUGGUCUACUGCAUCUGAUUCACCUGUCCACAUGGUGUCCUUGUUGACUCUCAUAAGGAUCAUGCGUGGUUCUCCAAAGAAUUUGGCUCAAUACCUUGACAAGGUGGUCAACUUCAUUUUACAGACUAUAGAUCCUAGCAACUCAGUCAUGCGGAAGGCAUGCUUCCAAAGUUCAAUGACAACUUUCAAGGAACUUGUACGUGUAUAUCCCAUGGUGGCUGUCAAUGAUUCAUGGACCAAACUAGCAGUUGGAGAUGUGAUUAGAGAAGUUAACAACGCAAACAUCAGGGUUUAUGAUAUGCAAAGUGUGACAAUGAUAAAGGUUUUAGAUGCAAGUGGGCCUCCUGGACUUCCAACUCUACUCCCAGCAUCAUUAUCAGGAACAAUGUUGACCACUGCUAUUUCAGCACUGAGCUUUUCACCAGAUGGAGAGGGGCUGGUGGCUUUUUCCGAACAUGGACUACUGAUUAGAUGGUGGUCACUGGGAUCUUUCUGGUGGGAGAAACUCAGCCGGAACUUUGUUCCUGUCCAGUGCACCAAACUAAUAUUUGUUCCUCCUUGGGAAGGAUUUUCUCCUAAUUCUUCAAGAACAAGCAUAAUGGCCAAUAUUUUGGAAACUGACAGGCUGCAGAACUUUCAGGAUAAUGCGAGGGAUUCAAAUCACGGGGACAGUCCAAAACAAUUGCUUCAUAAUUUGGAUCUCUCCUAUAGACUAGAAUGGGUUGAGGGGCGGAAAGUACUUCUUACAAGACACGGUCAUGAAUUGGGCACUUUUCAGUUAUAAGCGUCUACUAGUACCGAUUCUUAGAAAUUCUUGCUGAGAAUUUUCAUUGAUUCCAUAAUUUAGUUGAGGCUGUCAUGAAACAACACUAUAGCUUCUAUAGCCAGCCCAAACUAGCAACAGAAGAUUUUUUGCUAGCUAUACUAGCAUAGUAAUUGAAAAGUUAUUAUGUGGAGCUCCUAUAAUUUGAGACACAGCCUUUGGAGGAUUUUUAAAGAACAGCUUGAUGAUAUCACUAUAAGGAGCCAAUUGGAUGUCCGUAGUAUGAGUUGAGAUACUUUGGCUAUCUUUUGGAUGAAAUACUGGGAAAAGGAAGAAGUAAGCCUUUCAAUAUAGGAACUACGAACUUAUUUGCAUUUGGGGUGCCAAGUAAUUACUAAGUUAUUCAAAAUGAUUAACCAUUCCGGUUGACUAUUUGGUCUCAUAAGUUAAGUAGUUUCUGAAGUCCCCGAAGAAUAAUCUUGAAAAAUUAGUCUUCACAUAUUGUGUAAUCUUUAUAUGGACAGAAAUUACGUUGAUCUCUCCCCAAUUUUUCGGAGAGCAUCCCCUUAAAUUUUGUAUAGAUCUCUGGCUUCUCAUGCAAUUUGAGUAUUUUUUUUUCUUUU